GAAAUAUCAAUACAUUCAAAAAUCUUGAUAAAAAGCCUGAUUUGAAAAUAAGCCGGACAUGAAAGUAAGCCUUAAAAUCUUAACAAUCAAAAUAAUCAUGAAAAUAAGCCAUUUUUAUAUUUUUAAAAAGGCUGGUUUGGAAAAUAUGCAUUGGGUUCCAGUUAUUAGCCACAUUUACCUUUUCUGCUAAAAGAAAUUUUACUGGUAUCCAUCAAAUUACAUUAUUUUUUAUUGUAUCAAUUUGAUAAAAAGAAGAAAAAAGACAUUUAAAGAAAACGUAUCUUGUUGAAGAUUUGAAAAUAAGCCAUUGAUAGGUCACUAUUUGAAUGGCUUCAAAAAUAAGACUGCCUUCAAAAAUAAGCCAGCUACCAAAAUAGGCUCGCAAAUUCCUUACUGAAAAUUAAAAUAUGGUUUUCUAUGCGCAAAAAAAUAAGUUAUUGAUGAGUCACUGUCUAAAUAACAUAAAAAAGAAAACAGUACUGCCUUGAAAAUAAGGCAGUUUCUGAAAUAAGUCUGGCAUUACAGAGAAUGCAUGAAAAUACAGUCUCUGCAGUACAUGCUGUAUUGAUUAGCAUUGUGUUAUUUUCCUCAUCAAAGACUGUAGCUAAUCUGCAUUAAUAAUCAUGUUUUUAAAAGACAUCAGCAUACAUAAUUUACUGUACUAUACAUUACCUGUUUAAAGAAAAAAUGUUAACAAGAAUACAUGCAAUGAUAACAUGUAAUAGGCAUGAAAGUUUUAAUAAUUAAACCUUAAUCAGCCUUAUAAAAAAUACAAGCUCUCACAGAAAUUGGAAGUGUAAUGCACAAUAAGGUGACACAAAUUCUAAUUAAUAGUUAAGGUAGAUGGUACCAUUACAUAACUUAUAACCACAGAGAAGAGUUCCACUCCAGGUUUCUUUGACCUGGAGUAUUCUCCCUUUUGCAUAAAAGCGGAUGCAACCAAACGGAGAUUUUAUGACUUAGAGUUAAAAGAUCAAUGAUAACGACAAGUUUUAUUCUCGCAAACUGGUUAUAAUUACAGUGUAGAGAAUUUACAUAUACAUCUAUAUAAAAUUUACAAACAAAUCAUGGUGUUAAUUAAUGGACAGUGUUAAUUCGCGCAAUUAUGUGCUUAAGGAAUUUUACAAGUGAAAUUAAUUCUUCAUUAUUGACAUAAUUAAAUAAUGUAUUGAACUUGAAAGUACUAGGGCUUUCAAAAUAAUAAUAUCUAGACAUAAACUUUCUUCUGUUUUGCAGUAUUUGGUGAUCAUUACAAUUAAACAAAUAAUGGUACUCAUCUUCAAUUUCAUUCAGGUCGCAAAGAAUACAUUUUCUAUCUUCUCUUAAAAUGUUAUUCCGUCUACCACAUUCAAUCGGAAAUUUAAAAAUUUCAAAUUUGAAAUUUACAAUAAACAUUUGCUAGUCCUGGAUGGAGAUUUAGCGUACAGAUAUUUUUCUACUACUAUUAGUGCUGUUUAUAGAUUCUGUAAUUGGUCCCUUUGGUCAUAAGUCGCUCUUAAACAGGAUUACAUGAGAUAUAUCUACGGAACAUUUAACACGUACCUUAAUUAAUUCAGAAAUUUCUGUUUGGUAGCCAAUCAGACUUAUUGUUCAGACAGUUGGGCAGUCAACAGAUCAAAUAUGGUUUGUGUACUUGAGUUCUGAGGGUCAGGCAGAUAGAAUAGCAGGAAACAUUUGAAUUAUUAUUAUCGGACCUAUGUAUCUGUGUUUAUGACUCUAUACACUACGUGACUAUAUAUACAGCAAUCUCUGUAGAUAAAGCACUUACGUGGAUGUGUAAUAUAUUUACAUCAACACCCAAUAAAAGUGUGCACAAGGGAGAUAAUUCUUCACUAAUAUUUAUCCUGUAUAUUUCUGAUCAUACGGCCUCAGACGGCAAUUACACGUCCGGGUCGUUGUACACAAAUGUAGUGCAUAAGGACAUUUCAGGCAUGGACUUCAGGAAUGAUGCCGGGAAGAGAAUUCCUAGAGUCGGGCCAGGAUCCGGACUCAGGAGGGAUGGAGAAGGGAGAAUGGAAGAAAGAUCGGGUAAUGGAUCAUGUUUCGUAGCGGAGCAUUUGGAUGAGUCUAACCAGGAAUAAUUCUGACAACAGAUGGAUCAUGGAUUUCAAACAGAAAAGUGAUAUGGAGAUUUAAUAUAAGUUGUCAUAUUGAAAACAUGCGUCUCACAUACGACAAUGAUAUAAUGGGAAAUAAAAAUGAAUUCUCGCCAAUAAAUAUCACGGUUUUAUAGCCAUUCUAGGGAAUGACGGUGGAUUGACUGUCAUGUGAUACAAUGAAUUGAACUCGUAACAUUCUUUUAGAAACAUUUGUGUCGGCGAUCAUCUUCCGGCUGUUGUUAACAUUAAAGAAUCUAGUAAAUAGAUGUAGAGAAAAUCAAAUCCUGACGAUUUAUCCUCGAUGGCUUCAACAGCUCGCAUUCAUGGCUGUGAUACAAAGCUUAAUGCAUAACCAUAGGUUUAUAUUGUCAUAACAGAUAAUGCUGAUAUAGAAACCAGAUUUUAAAUAUAUCAUGUUACUGAUUUAAAAAAAUAUAUAUAUAUAUAUUUAAAAUACAAUUUAUUUUUCUGAAUCAUUUAAUGAGAAAAUUUAUCUUUAUUUAAUGAAAGUUUUAACUAUCUAAGAAAAAAUUAUGUCCAGGAUGAAAAUACGUAGGUUGUAUCUGGUAUUGAUCGCUGUGUUCAUAUUCAUAUUUCUGUUUUUUAUAAUGGCAUCAAAUGUAACAAGUUUCUCUAGUGAACAGAGAAGAAUAAUGAGUCCAAGCCGUAGCAGUUCUCUGCAACAGUACCGUUUCUCUGGACAAGAGAUAGCAAGUGUCGAAAAAAAUGAAACAAACAACAAAAUGACUUCAAUACGAGACACGCAAAUAGUGGCGACCAAUUCCACAGAAACGAAGAAAAUCGAAAUAAAAAUUGACACGCUUCAACGAAUCGAGUCUCUUUUGUCCGACAUCAAACGCAGACAGGAAGUGUCAGACAAUGCGCAGGAAGCCAGCAAAAAGCUCACAGGUGAAAAGUUUCUGGGUGAACGCUCAAUAAGUGGAAAUAACCUUGUGUCAAGUGAUUUACAUGAAAGGUCAGAAGAUUUGAAUUCGAAUAUGGAAGUGCCUAAAUCUACAGAUACGAAAUCCAAGUUGUUUCAACUUCGUCAAAGAAAUGACAUUUCUCCUGUAAUUGGUGAGAAAGAAUUAAGUCAGAAAAAUCAAUUCAAACAGGACAAUGAACUUUUAGGAAAAAUUCAGGGUAUGUUGGAUGAAAUGGUUUCAAAGAAAAUGUCUGAAAACGGAGUUCAAUUGUUUAAACAACUCAACACCACAAAGCCUUUGAAGGGAACUUCCUCAAAACUUCCUAGUGAUAGUUCAAGCAGACUUAAAGUGUGUGAUUCCUGUUUUAAAAAUGAUUUCAAGUUUCUUACCAACCCAGAAUCUUUGUGCAAACAUUCCGGUGACUUGGAUUUAUUAAUCGCCAUUUCCACAGCGCCAAUGAAUCGGGAGGCACGUGAUGCCAUCCGAAAAACAUGGGCGUCGACUUCAAUGAUGUCGUCCGGAAAUAUGAGGAGUGUUUUUUUCAUAGGAGUCAACCAGGAUAAACAAAUGCAGAUGCAAUUGGACAGUGAGAGUCAACAAUAUCACGAUAUUGUGCAACUACAGUUCAAGGAUUCGUAUUCAAAUUUGACGUACAAAACACUCUCCGAGCUUCGUUGGGUUUCUGAAUUUUGUACAAAUACUAAAUACGUCAUGAAAACGGACAGUGAUAUGUUCGUAAACACAUUUCUUUUACCGAAUAUUUUAAAAGGAGCUCCUAAAACAAACUUCAUCGGGGGGGAUUGUUGGGGUCCGUCACCUCCGCACCGGGAGCAAAGUUCGAAGUGGUAUGUAUCGUACAAGAGCUAUAGGCAUUCCUCAUUUCCGCCGAUGUGUUCGGGGACAGGAUACCUGAUGAGCAAGGAUCUCGUGCUAAAUAUUCUACAAAUGUCGAAAAACAUUCCGUUUUUUCAUCUCGAGGAUGUUUUUAUUGCAUUGUGCACGAAAAAACUAAAUGUGAAACCAGUUUAUCUUAACGGCUUUUCUAACAUGCGUACACAAUAUGAUGACUGUACAUAUCGCUACAAAGUAGCGACCUCUCAUGAAAUAUCUCCAACCCAGCUGGUAAGGUAUUGGAGUGAUAUGCAGCGUUGUGAACUAAAACUUGAAGAACUUGGUUAUGAUCCUCGACAAUACAUGAACCACCCAAUUUAACUCAUUCAUACCUGAAGACACAUUUGAACUCUUCCAAUUCAAAGGUUGGAAUAGUUCAUUAUGAAAUUUCUGGGGCGAAUUAGUUAAUUGGAAAUCAUCUAAAUUACAAACAUCUAACAGCUUGUGUAAUUGACAUAAAAUAUUUUGUUUUAUUACAUACUUACUAAUAAAUAAGGGAUUUUUGUAUAUGCGAUACGACACACUUGCUCUUACCCAUAUCAGCCCUCGCCGUAUCGCGCCCCAAAAGUCGUAUCAGCCCCCGCUGUAUCACACCCCAAAACCCGUAUCAGCCCGCAAAACCAAUAUCACACCCCAAAAGCCGUAUCAACCCC